GGAAUGUUUUGGUGGUAUCAUAGUUUGGGUUCAGGGCGGGCAAAGAGAAGUUGCUGCUAAUGCUAGUAGUGGAAAUGGUGAAAGCACUAGAGCGCAUUUUCACCGUAGUACUGUACAUAUCCUUUUUCUCAAACCUGUCAUUGACAAUACGCCGAGAUAGAUCUAGGGUUCAGGCAUCCUUUGGCACUUUUACCGCUGCUCCUCCCAGCUACCAACACAGAGGCUACCGGAGAAUUAUAUAACCUAGCAGUCCGGCCCAAACCUCCCCCCAAAAAGAAUACCCCGAGAACCGUGGACCGGGCCCAUGUUGGAACUACAAAGAUCAAGUCCGCAGGAUAUCCGCCAGAAGGAGCAUCCGAAGUACAUAGUUCCCAAUUGCCCUCGAGACCCCAGGAGAGAUGGAAAUGGGUCGGAGACGUCUGUUGGUUUAGUUUUUUUGCACUGCCUUCUCUCUCCCUGUGCUGUCAGUUCGGUCGCGCUUGUACGAGAUGCUAGGUCGUUCUGUAAAUAGACCCCCAGGGUAGAAGAGGGCAUGGGGCGACCUAAUCGACCCAGCGGGGGUUUCUAGGUACAUUUCACCGUACAAUGGAGUGCUAGGAGAUAGAAAUUGGUUCCUUGAGCUAUGGUGAGGUUGGUUCGUACGUAUAAGCCUCUUCAAUUUUAUGCUAAAUUAUAUGUUCACGAGCCCAAGGCCAUGUAUCAAAGAACGGGCCCCCGAGUUUGGGAGCAAGCUCUCUAGAUCGGAAGACAGUACUCCCAAUUGCGCAUAGAACAGCGAGGGUGGUUUCGGCCCUUUUUCUACAAUCAACUUGGGCUGCAAAGGAAACGGUUAGGAUGCUCACGACCGGUGGGAGUAAACAGUGAGAGUGAAUAGCGGGGUCGGGAUUGUCAUCCAUAGGGAGUAUGGUACAUAGCAGCCGUGUGGGAAGGGGCUGGGUGGCGUAAAUUGCAAACAGCUUUCCAGGGCACAGGCAAGCUAUGUGGGAAUAUGGGGAGUGACCUAAUAGAAAUCGAGGGGUAGGUGGAGGGAAAGAUAGUGGGCUUAAUGAUCAGCAAUAGGGACUCACAUCAGGGCGGGGAUGUAGGGGGUAACUUAUUUGCGUGCGGAAUAUUAUGGUAUUGCGCGCCGGUAUCUGUGGGCAGAAACGGUGACAUGUCGAAAUGUAAUUUAACGGGUACUGGGAAUGUUUAGCAGCGAUAGGAAAUCCGGGGUAAGUGAUCUCGCUAAUUCUGUCAGGUUAUAUAUAAUGCAAUAGACAGUCAAGGUGAGACUUUAGAAAAUGCUUUUUAAUUGUCUACAGGGAACUCACCGAUCAUCCUAUCAUAUCAGGGGCGCGGGCCAGCAUCGAAUGAUUGACGAGACCUUGUGCCCCUCAGUCUAACCGCUGAGAAUUGCCGGUAAGUUAGGAACGGGUAUUUGCAUCUCUGCCUUGUCGUGCCUAGAUAUACGCUGGAUUUUUGUUUUAUCAUAUGAUAUCAUAUCAUGCCCGCAUGGUUUUUCCGGGCCCGAGGUCAUGCGAAGGGGGAAGGAUAGUACCGGUAGUCUGAUACGACAGAAUUCUGUGCGGAUUCCCUCAUUGCGUCCCUUUUCUCCCUUCAGCUUCCCUUUUUCUUACAGCAAACACAGACCUAUCCAACAACUACAAACCAUGUUUCCCGACCAGCUUCUAUUCAUUGACGGCACUUUUUCUCCUUCCGUGGAGGAGAAUCCCACUUUCUUCACAUCAAUUAACCCGGCUACAAACACUCCACUCGCUAGGAUAUAUGAGGCCUCACCAAGGGAUCUUCAAUAUGCUGUCGAUGCCGCUACGAAGGCAUUCGAAUCUUGGUCCAAGACAACGCCAAUUGAGCGUUCCCGUAUACUUAACAAGGCGGUUUCGAUUCUGCGGGGCAGGAGCGAUGAAAUUGCCCGUGUCGAGAGCCUCGAUACCGGAAAGCCCUUCUCCGAGACAAGCACUCUCGACGUACCCGGUGGUGCUGAUGUCCUGGAAUACUUUGCCGGCAUUUGUCUGAGCGGCUUGGAAGGGAAAACGGUUCGACUUCGGGAGAAGGCGUGGUUCUACACUACCAAGGAGCCAUUGGGUGUUUGUGUGGGGAUUGGUGAUAAAUCUCUCUCCUCCCUUCCUUCCCUUCCAAUUUCUGACUACCUCAACUAUUGGCAGGCGCAUGGAAUUACCCGAUCCAAAUGUAAGUUUGACCGUUUCCGGAUCCCAACCUGCUCCGGGCUCCGGGCUUCCAUCAUGCCCAUCUCAUUUUUCUUCCUUUUCCCAUCAUGUCCUGGAUUCUCGCGAGUCUUCUACAUUUCAAUUUUGACCUUUUUAAAUUACCAGAGCACUUUGGAAGUGUGCACCUGCGCUAGCAGCAGGAAAUACCUUCAUCUUCAAACCGUCGGAAGUUACACCCCUCACCGCAAACAUCCUCGCUGAGGUCCUCACGGCCGCCGGCCUUCCCACAGGGGUAUUUAAUGUUGUGCAUGGAAGCGGGGGUGUGGGGGCUUGGCUCGGCAACUGUUCCGGGGUGGCUAAAAUGUCCGUCCUCCCCUCCACAUCUUAGCCCCUGCUGACCUAACCGUGCAGCUCGUUCACUGGUCAAGUGGAAACCGGGAAAAAGGUUUACGCCUCUGCCGCCGGUUCGUCGCUCAAAAAUGUUACGUUAGAGCUAGGGGGAAAAUCCCCCUUCAUCGUGUUACCCGAGGCCGACCUUAGCCUAGCUGCCGAUGCUGCCAUGGUUGCAAAUUUUUACUCUUGCGGUCAGGUGUGCACGAACGGCACUAGGGUCUUUGUUCAUUCUUCCAUCAAAUCCAAAUUCGAGAAUCUUCUGCUCGAGAGGGUUAGGGAUGGGAUUCGUGCUGGAGACCCACUGGACCCCAGUGUCAAUUUUGGGCCGUUAGUUUCAGCAGGCCAUUCCGAGAAGGUCAAAGGGUACAUUCGGCAUGGGGAAGAGGUUGACAAGGCACGCCUUCUCUGCGGUGGGUUGAAGCGAACCCUUUCACUCCCAGAUGGGAAGGGGCUCGAAAGAGGGUUUUUUGUUGCCCCAACUAUCUUUACCGACUGUAACGAUUCCAUGCUCAUUUGCCGUGAAGAGAUCUUUGGCCCGGUCUUGUCCAUCCUUACCUAUGAGACAGAAGAGGAGGUCGUCCGCAGAGCCAACGAUACGGAAUUGGGAUUGGCGGCGGGUGUUUUCACCAGGGAUAUAGAUGCCGCGCACAGAGUGAUCGGCAAGAUGAACGCGGGUAUCUGCUGGAUCAAUACCUGGGGAGAAUCACCGGCGGAGAUGCCGGCCGGUGGAUGGGGAUUAAGCGGUUUAGGGUUUGAGAAUGGCAGUGAAGCAUUGUCACAAUUUGUGAGAACCCGAUGCGUAUUGGUGGAGAACGGCGAAUUUCCGGCCGUAUUCUCCAAAUCUUAGGCCUUAGAUCUCAUUCUUUGGUCCUGUUGUGUUGUCGUAAUUGCAUAUGAUUGCUCGAUUUCUCGAGCCGAAUUUAAACCCCAGGGGGCACAAACUAGAUGGACUUAUUGUGGGACCUGCGUAGAUCGCUGCGAGAGGCUGCUUGCGGAAUAUUGAUGGCCGUUACACGGCUACCGUAUUAUCGUAAGCGAGGAUCUGUUUCAAUGUGUAUGUGAUCGAACGGACGGUUUGCGGUGGUGAUCCAUUCAAUUCUCUUUUACCCUCCUGAGCCCCAAACCCCGAAGGGGAUCCACAGUAUGGUAUGCCCCGAACGAAGGACUACCGGUUGGAUUCUCGAUGGAAUUUGGGGGGCUCCUGGCAGGUUUCCCAACGUAGAACCCAGAUCUGGAAAACCAGCCUCUGAUUCUGAAUCCGUGCUGUCCCCCUCUUGGCCCAGAUUAGAGAAUACGGAAAUCUGGGAACCUGCCCUUGAGUGUAUUAACUAGAACGAAAUUUCACCAUUUCCUUCACUGGGUUAAGGUCUUCUUAAAGCUUAGAAGACGAGCGACUGCUGGUUGUAAUAAUAUCAUAAAAAAUAUUUCCCAUUUCUUACGGGUAAUAUCGUUUGGCUCCACUAUUCAUAACCUGGAAAUUUAGACCGUCGCUGUAGCUAUGGGAGCAGUUAGUGUUCUGGGCUUCUGUUCUAAACUAUGAGCUUUUUUAAACUUUAAACUCUAACGGAAAAUUCGCGAUUUGUUUUAUAGAAGUUUAAUUUCAUAUGAAGGCUAUAAAACUUUUUUGCACCCCCCAAGGCACCAAGAACAAAGCACAUGGGGGGAAGAAGUUCCCGUCAUAGUACCCAAGACCCCCAGCAUCCAUGCAUGCGCUGUAAACAGACACCGGGAAUCACUCGACAGGGUUUUUAGCGAUAGUACUCAACAACAUAGUUUUUCCCGCAACCGCACCCAUCGUCAUACUUCUUCUUCGGCUUCUCCUUCUUCUCCUCUUUCUUCUCCUCCUUCUUCUCCUUCUUCUCCUUCUCUUUCGCCUCCUCGCACUUCUUACAGCACUUCUCGUCCUCGCAUUCCUCGCACUUCUCGCACUUCUUAACGUCCUCGCACUCCUCGCAUUUCUCAUAUUCAUCCUCCUCCUCGUAACGGAAGUAGUCCUUCUUGGCAGCCUGUUUGUCUUUCUUGUGUUCGUCCUCGUGGUACUUCUUGCUCAUGUCGCGGUAGUAGCCGUAGGCUUUGUCGAACUUGACACCCUUGUCGAAUCCUGUCCAUCCAUCCACCCUUUAGCUACCACUGAAACUGCCAGAAUAAAAAUAAAAUAAAAGAAGGGUAGAAAAAAAAUACCGUAUCCCUCCUCGAAGCAACACUGCUCAUCAUAAACCUUUUCAUCCUUGCACUCAGCACAUUCCUUAUAGUCAUUGCACUCCUCCUCCUUUUCCCUCUCCUUAUCCUUCUUGUAAACCUCGUCCUCUGCUUCCGCGUACUUCUUGGAAUACUUGUCUUCCUUAUGCUUGUGCUCCUCGUUAUCGUACUUCUUGUGUUCCAUAUCCUUGUCCACCUUUACCUUCUCCCCGCCGGCACCCCCACCGGUACCCCC